GCUUCUUUACGUGCAUUACAGUGUGACUUAGACUGACAAACGCACGAUUCUUCUUGUUGGCCUUUCCGCAUCAGCGAAUUUGAUUUGAUACUCUUGAUUGAUGAAUGGCGCUUUGCAGAAAAAGCUACGAAGUUAUUUAGAAGCCCGAAAGGUUCUACAGGCGCAUUACCUGAGAGUACGGGAGAGUGCGGAAGACCUUGAGUCGAGGGAAAACAUCGAGGCAUUGUUUGAAUUUGAUCAGUUAUGCUACUCUUACCAUGCAAUCAAGUCAUACCAUGAUAUCUCGAAGAGCGAAUGGACCUUUACUGACCGUCAACCAUUUGAUUUGUUUGUGGACUUGAUGCCGAAAGUCGAAGACAAACUCUACAUACCUGAAUUGUGCGCUCGGUACAAGGGCUUGCAAGUCUUGCGGAGGGAAUUGUAUGAGAGUGCAAGAGAAGGUGGCAGAAUUGCCCACAUGAUAAUGUCAUCUUCGGGAAAGCCAGAGGACUUCUGCAGCAAAGUGGAUGAAAUCCUUGCAACAUUAGAUUCUCUACCUGUGCCCGACACAAUGGGAAACUCGCUCAAGGCUUGGUCCCCUUCAGCAUCACGAAAACUGAAGAAAAAGCAGGGCAAGUCUUCUGAGGCCAUUGAAAUUAGUGAUGGCUCUCUGUCAGCUGAUCAUAUGGACACCACCGGAAAACAAAGCGGCCAGCAAAAGCACACCAAAGGAGACCAAUCCGCUCAACAUUUGUUCUCAAGCUCUAAGGCAAUUCAUGAAACCCCAAGCAUUGUCACGAAAUCUCCCGCGGGCGAUAAGAGUCUUUCAGCAGACCGCCAAAGCACGGUGUCUGUUGAGGUGAUCUCUGAUAAACCCGUGCCGUUCCAGUCUUCCAUGUAUACUACGGGUAGUAUUCAACCAGUGUCGAAGUCAGAUGAAGCAAGCAACGCCAAUGCAAAUGACAAGGACCUCAAGAAUACACCAGAACCCACGCCCUCCUCAUCGUUGCCACCAACAAAUUCUCAAAGGCGCACAUCUUCCGGGCCCGAAGAUGCGGAUUCACCAAUGCGUAAAAAGAACAAACCGCUGCCUUAUGCAGAAUCAGGAAAAUCCGUGACUCAAGAAAAAAGUCAAACCUCGACUACCGAUAGUCAAGAACAUCAAUCACAGCAACCAUCAACCAUAAACGUGCCCACAGAACGACAAACACCGAUACAACCUUCAAAACAUCCGAAACUUUCAGUGACAAACAAGCCUCUUACAACAGCACUACUUGAUCCGAAGAGUCAAAAAGCCAGUGAUACAACCAUCAAACUAGAUCUUAUUUCAUUGAAGCAUGUUGACCAAAACACAGAAUUCAUACGUGGUCGCGCCAGCUCUCUGCCGAUUCAUUCAAUGAAUAAGACCACACGCGAAAGCAAUAGUAUUGACUAUUCUAAUGCAUCCAAAGCAGCUAACAUGCUGGAAUCAUCGAAAAAAUCUCCUCUGACACUGAUUGAAAGUUCGUUUGCUCAAUUUCCGACGUGGACUAAAGAUUUUGUUCGCUGUAUAGUGAGCGCCGCCGCAUGCCACCCUGACAAACCCGCUGAGGCAAUUCAAGCUGCCCUUGAGAAAAAAUGUAAGAUUCGUGUUCGAAGGGACGAGGCAGAAAUGCUUCGCCUGCACUACGGCUUGAGACCAGAGACCAUGGAAAAGUUCGAAUAUUAUAUCCAAGCGUUUCAUCUCAUAGCCAGUCAAUUUAGUGAACAAAGAGCUAGAUAUGUUACUGUACCUUGGGCCGAAUUGCGAGUUCAAUUCACACGAGCGACUCAAUUUCCACUCGAAGACUGGGAUAUCAGAGGCAGAUACCACUUUUUCCUACUCCAUCGUCGUGUUUAUGGCAAACAAGGUGAACCAUCACACAAUUAUAGAGACGACGUUGAUGCUUUCAGAAAAAAGUACGCCUACCGGAAGUCUUCUGCAUUUCUUAAAGGCAAGAAAAAUUCAUCUGAAGUGAGCCCAGCCAAAGCUUCCCCCACGACGUCACUCACUUUCGAGAACACUCCAAAAACAUUUUCCAUGUCACCCAAAAAGAACUUGAGAUGGUCGCCAGAAAUUUUCCAAGCAUUGGUAGACGGCUACUGCGCGAUUCCGCGUGAAACACCAAAUAGGCUAUUGGUUUUGACUCAGUAUGUGUUUCUUAAAACCGAGACCAGAGUUGAGCAGCUGUUGCUCCUUGAUAUAUCCAAAAGCAAGGAGUUCUUGAAAGAAAUACAAAAGCGGUUACCUGAAGAAUCUGAGUCAUCAAUUAGUCAAAUUGACCCUUCAAUCUUUGACCAAUACAACAAAACUUUGUCCACUAUAAUCGCGCAUACCCAUCCUGACUCAUUCUACUCCGCGAUCAUCAAAGAUCAUCACUUGACGGACUUUUGGGAUUUUUCCAAAACGAAAAGUAUCAUGUCAACAGUCGAGUACGCGAGUAAGAUAGAUGCCAACACCAAGAUACCAUCUUUGAGAGUCAUCAGGUCCAAAGUUUUACUUUACAUUAGGGGGAGACUUCUUCGAGAACAUCUGGUAAAUGUCAAGGAAGAGACGGUGAGUAGGAGACUCGUCCGCAUGAUGGAAUUGGACAUGUUUGAUGAGUCUCAAUGUCUUUUGCUCAAUGAGGUACUCCACAAAAAUUAGCCGGUCUUAUCAACUUGUCAAUAAGCGAGACUUCAAGAUAAAGUAAUAAUGAAUAAGCUGGUGGUGUACCUAAUUAUAUGUAAUAUAUGAUGC